UCCCCACUUACUACUACCUGGUGUGCAUGAUGUAUUUGCCUGGCCAAAGAGCGAGAGAUAAGGAUAUUUCUUUCGAUAAAUCUCUUCUCACCCCGGCACCUGUCGGCUGAUAAAGCGGCUAUAUGUAUUUAUCGACCUGGCGGCAACUAUGCAUCGAGUCCGAAAUGCCGAUAAAAAUUAAAGUUCGAAGCGUGGAAUGACAUCAACCGCCCAAAUUGACAUCUGCGUGGCACCCCUCGCGUCUGUUUCGGUUCAAGUUCGCAAAACAAACACUAAAGUGUGCUUCAAGUUGCUGGUCGUCUUUUGACGGCACUGCAAACUGAUAUUCUAGGGCGUGCGCCAUGGCCUCCAGCUUUGACUCCAGUCCUGCUCAACGCAUGGAUGUGUCGAUCGACGACAGCAACGAAAAGCGCGGCGAGGCACAUCGGGAAGCGUCAUCGGCAAUCGACAUUAUACCGGCCUCGCAGAAGGAUAUUGAGAGGCUGCCCGAGAUUGACCAUGCUGCUGAAGCCCGCCUCAUUCGCAAGCUUGACCUAUACAUCAUCCCUCCGACUAUGUUAUUGUAUUUGUUCUCGUUUCUCGAUCGAGUCAACGUGGGCAAUGCAAGGCUGUAUGGGAUGGAGGAGGAUUUGGGUCUUCAUGGCUCCCAGUAUCAGACCGCUGUGAGCUUGUUGUUCGUAACAUAUGUGCUUGCCGAGACGCCCAGCAACCUUGUGCUCAAGAAAUUACGGCCUUCGCGGUUCAUUGCUUUCAUCACAACCAGCUGGGGCAUCAUAGCGACGUUGACCGGCCUGGUGCAGAGUUAUGGAGGACUGAUUGUGUGCCGCCUCCUUCUUGGUGCCGUUGAAGCAGGCCUCUUUCCAGGCAUGACGAUAUACCUCACGUUCUUCUAUACCAAAAGGGAGCUCGCUCUUCGAAUAGGUUAUCUUUUCGUGUCAGCAGCAUUGGCCGGAAGUGUUGGCGGCCUCCUCGCCUAUGGCAUCGGUUUUAUGGACGGCCUGGAUGGACAGAGAGGAUGGCGAUGGAUCAUGAUCAUUGAGGGCUUGCCCAGUUUCGUCCUGGGGAUCGCAAUCUACUUUUGGCUCGCCGACGCUCCCGAGACGGCAUACUACCUCAACCAAGAAGAAAGGGAGUUGAUGGUGAUCCGAAAACGUCGCCAGAUAGGCCACACGUCGUCGGCCGACUUGUUGCACAAAGACGACGUCUUCAGGGCCUUCAAGGACUGGAAGGUGUGGAUGUUCGCUGUUGCCCAAUUUGGCGUCGAUACCAUGCUCUACGGCUACUCUACCUUUCUUCCCACCAUCAUCAAGGGGCUGGGUAAAUGGUCAACAGCGGAAACACAAGCACUUACUGUCCCAUGCUAUGCCAUCGGCGCCAUCACGUACAUUCUCGUAGCCCGUCUCUCUGACAGACUCCAGCAACGUGCGCUAGCCGCAGUGUCCUUUUCCAUUGUCAGCAUCAUUGGGUAUAUCAUCCUCAUGACGCCGGUCAGUCAGGGUGUGCGAUAUUUCGCUUGCUGCUUAGUCGCCAUGGGCUUGUACGUGGCUGUUGGUAUUCCGUUGGCAUGGUUGCCGUCGAAUCUACCUCGUUAUGGUAAGCGUACCACAGCGUCAGGGCUCCAAUUGACCGUCGGCAACGCUGCUGGAAUCUCGGCACCGUUUCUCUACCCGACGAGCGAUGCGCCUCGGUACAUACGCGGUCAUGCAGUUUCGUUAGCCAUGGUUGCAAUGGCAGCAGUGAUAUAUACAAUUAUGUCAAUUUAUUUUGUUACUCGCAACAAGCAUCGCCGCACUGGUGGGGAGGAAUCAAACAUAGCAGGGAAAUCGGAGGAAGAGAUUGCGGAAAUGGGUGACGAAAAUCCACGAUUCGUCUUUACCCACUGAUGACUGAGCGGGAAUGCCCUGCUUCCAGUUGGGACGAUUGCAACAGAUCCUGUAUCUCGAUGGGGUGAAUGAGAAAGAAUCAGCCUUGGGUUCACGGACAGAUACCAAGACGGAUCCGUUAGAACGACGCCUUGCCCAGGCAUCGCCACACACAUGGAUGCUGUUCAUCACAUCUCAAAGACCGAGGGUUGACAAAGGGACCCUGUUGGACGCUGCCAUCUCCUGUGAUAACCUGUGGCACCGAGGCAGUCAAUCAAGGGUCAGAUGAGCUUUGUUUGCGUUCAUUUGUCUUUGUCAUUGUCCUGUCCAACACGAAUGCUCUGCUCGAAGGCACGGCUGCCACUGGCCAAUGAUGGGCACCAUGUCGACGCCUCACCUCUGCCUGAGUGACAUGUCAUCACAUUACCAGUGAGCCCACGACACUCUUUGACUCACUAUUGGCCGCUUCAGAAGCCAAGGUGUGCUCAGUCAGCAGAGGGAUUUUGUGUAUGAUGCAUUUUGGGUCAUGUAUUGGUGCCUGGACUGCCUUCCUUCGUAGUGGUCACCCAUAACUUCACGUUGAAAUCAGCCUCGAGCAUGAAUACCCUGCUCGGACUGCCUGAGGCUCUCGUAGCAGACUUUGGAGCCCGUCUCAAUAGGUGAACCUGGCAGAGGCGAAGAAUCGGGCAACUUUUCUAAUGCCAUUACCCUUUCAGCUUGAUCGGUGUGGAUGCAUUCGUUCAGCGAUGUUUUGGCCCCAGCCAUCUCACGGUCUAUUCAAUCAACUUGUUCUCAGGGAUGUACACGACUGCGAGCAGUUCCCAGCACGGGCUCGCUUCAUUGAGGAAUCAUUGGUGGAGGUGUCCGCGAGCAGGAUCGGUCGGAUUAUCACCGCUUAGAGAAGAAGAGAUUGGUUGGCAGGAAUGAUCUUGAAUCCCAGUUGGCCGUAGAAGAUCGAGGAUGGAGCAGGAAACCAUAGGGUGGCGAGCUCUGCUUCUUGGUCGCCGUGAUCAAAUAGGGGGCCGGGAACAAAUCCUGCGACAACAGAUCACACUGUCUCCCGUGAUUCGCACUGCCUGCAAAUCAAAUGCGUCUGCUCUCGGGCGCCUAAGCUAGACUGGCACCUCUGGUACUGGCUGUGCGGCACUUUCGGGCGUCUGCGAGGCAGAGAUUGGGCACAUUCCAUCGCAGGGGCCUAGGCCCCUGGGUAAGAUCGAAGAUUGAACGGAGCGAGCAACGCCAACAGCCAACACGAGGCAUUGCGUGUCGGAGAGGAAGGCAACCUGGACCGGGUUUGUGGGCACAGUUGAAGGACAAAGCAUGCCACAAACGACGCGUGCUUCAGCUUGCCAGGCAAAAGUUGCCCCCAGAAAGGGGGCCCAGGAGGGCGAGACCCCCUAACUAACCACUCCUACAAUGUACAGUGGGACUUCCAACGGCAUCCAUGCCCACCCAAAAGAUCGCUGCUAUACCUCA